AUGAAGGCGGGUGCAAAUCACCUGGGUCGCCAGUUGCCGGGUUCAGUGCAAGUGCCAGUGUCAGUGGUGUCGCUGUCGCCGUCGCAGAGUUUCGACAGUGUCGUGGUAGCGGGCAACGCGCGGAGCGUGACUUACGUGGACGGGAAUGGUCAGGUAUACGCGCGCGACAUCUGUGCGGCAUUUCUGGCGUUUUGGGAGUGCGUCGCGCUUUUCGCGUACGAUUGA